AUGGCUUCCUCUUCCUCUUCACUUGUCAGCUUUGGGCAGCAGCAUGUUACCAAAGGUCUCGGGCGUGUCGUCGAGGAUGUGUUCGAGAAGGGUGAGGGGUCUUAUGUGACGAUGAAGAGUGGGAGGAAGAUGUUGGAUUUUACCUGUGGUAUUGCGGUAACAAACCUUGGACAUUGCCAUCCAAAGGUUAGCAAGGCUGCCGCUGAUCAGUGCAUGAAUAUGGUCCAUGGCCAGUGCAGUAUCGCAUUCCACGAGCCCUAUCUCAAGCUCAUCGAAAAGCUCAUCCCCAUCAUGCCCGACAAAUCCCUCGACUCUUUCUUCUUCUGGAACUCAGGCUCUGAGGCCGUCGAAGGCGCUAUCAAAAUGGCCCGCGUAAUCACAGGCAGACCAAACAUCAUUGCGAUGCAGGGUGGGUACCAUGGACGGACGUUUGGAGCUAUGGCAGUUACGAAGAGUAAGACGAUAUAUUCGUUGGGCGUGGCACCGCUUAUGCCUGGAGUCUUCGCGACACCCUUCCCGUACUGGCACCAUUUCAACGGCAAACCUUCUAUGUCCGAGGACGAACUCGUCCGUCAAUCGCUCUACCAACUGGAACUCGUCCUCUCCCAACAAUCCGCACCAACCGACACUGCAGCCAUCCUCAUCGAACCUAUCAUCGGCGAGGGUGGUUAUGUCGUCGCGCCUCCAGCUUACUUGAAGGGAUUGCGUGAAAUUUGCGAUAAGCAUGGGAUUUUGUUGAUCAUGGAUGAAGUGCAGUCAGGCUUUGGCAGGACCGGUAAGUACUUUGCGUGCGAGUGGAGUGGCGUCAGGCCGGACAUCAUGACUGUGGCGAAGGGUCUGGCUAAUGGAUUCCCGCUCAGUGCUAUCAUUAGCAGGAGGGAGCUUACGGAUCAAUUGAAACCUGGUUUCAUGGGUGGCACCUACGCCGGUAAUGCUGUCUCCUGCGCCGCCGGAGUCGCCGUCGCCGAAGCCUUCGAGGAAGAAAAGAUACUCGACAACGUCCUCGUUCGCUCCUCCGAACUCUUCUCGGCCCUCAAUGCCCUGGCCUCCAAACCCCACAUCAAGCCACACGUCCUCGAAGUGCGCGGGAAAGGCCUCAUGGUCGGUCUCGAGUUCGCUUCGCCGUCGCACUCGGCGUACGACCCGGCGGUGAAUAAGAACACGCCGCAGAACCUCGCGAGCAGGGUCGCGAAGAGGUGUGUGGAGAAGGGGAUGUUGAUUUUGACGACUAGUGUUUAUGAGACGGUGAGGUUUAUUCCGCCGUUGAAUGUUAGUAAGGAGGAUUUGGAGAAGGGAAUCAAGAUAUUCGAGGAGGCGUUGGAGGAGGUCGUGAAGGAGGGUUGA